GAACGCAGCAUUGCCUAGCAACAGCAAAGUUUAGUUUUACCCACGUCUACUCAGCUUAACCAGACUUUUAGCUGAACUUUCUCUGACACGAUGCCAAAAAAGAAGGAUAAGAAAACUGGCGACAAACAAAAGGAGGACAAGAAAACAUCGAAAAAGGACACUUCAGCGACUCCUGCCAAUAAAAGCUCCCAUGACGAGAAAGACAAGGAUUUAUACCUGACUCAAAUACGAUAUUUGGACGAGCAGCUGGAGAGAUAUCAGCUGAAAUAUGAUCAAGUAGAGAGGCAGAAGAAUGACUUAAAUUCUCAGUACAGUGCACUGGAAAAGGAGAAGAAGGACAUUGUUGAGUAUCUGAAACGCUCCGUCCUGGAAAAGGAAGAGGAGGUGGAUGAGCUGAAAGAGCGUCUGGAGAGUCAACAGAAGGCUGCAGAUAAGGAUAAAGAUGCCCUGCAGCUGCAGCACAGUCAACUGAGACAAGAGCUUCAAGACCGGAUUGAUGAAGUCGCCGCAGAAAAUAUGACACUUGUGGUGAAGCUUGCUGGUCUGGAGGAGUUUCAGAAGCAGAAAGAGGAGAUGAUGUCCAACAUGGAGUCUCUGGAGAAGCAGCUGACCAGUCAGAAGGAGAAACACAAAGCUGAUGUCCAUAGCCUGGAGAUGAAAGCACUGCUGGAGCAGAAGAGGUUGGAGAAGGAGAUGGAGAGCCAUGUGGCGGCUAUGGCUGCACAGGUGCAGCACCUGGUGGACCAGAAGGUCCCAGAGACGAUCAGGUUGGCCCUUCAGGAGAACAUGGAGGUUAAGGCUCAGUUCAGCCAACUGUCAGAGCAGGCACAGGGCCUGAUGGGGCAGAACUCUGCCCUGCGGGACCGUAAGAGCCAGCUUAGUGUGGAUGUGGACAUCCUGGAGCAAAUGCUCAGUGAGAUGUCUCACCAGAGCUGCAUCCGCAAGAAGGUGGUGGAGCAGCUUACAGAAAAGUGUCAGCAGCUGCAGGCAGAGCUGAAAGACUGUAGCCAAGAAUGCAGGCAGCUUCAGGCUGAAAACACAAGAGUCCUGACCGAGAUGGAGGCACUCAGACAGGGCCGGGCCGCAUUGUCUGAGCAGUGUAGUAAAACCAGAGCUGAGGUGAGACGGCUGGAGGUGGAGCUACAGGAGGAGAGGAGGAGGAAUAGCAGGAUGAAGAGUAACAUGCAGGAAGUAGCCAUCACUCUCAAACAAGCCAUGACGGAGGCAGCUACUGAGAAGGACUCUGAGGUGGACCUCCAAUGGAGGCAGCUGAUGCAGAAGGUGCUGGUGGUCAUGGACAUGCCCACACUCACCAACUCCACCACAAAGAACGACCAGCUGAAUGAGCUGCAGACCUCUGACCCAGUAGCAGCCAGAACAGGGAUGAAUUAUAAACACACACUCUCCAGGACAGGAGCUGUAUCAAGCAGUACCCACACACCUCUGCAUAGGAAGUCAUCCAGUCAGAAAACAGUUGGCUCCAGUAAACCAGCUGAUUCAACUGUCAGAUUUCUGACCACCAGAAACUCAUUCAGUAAACGCAAAUAAAAACAUUCAUAGAGAA